UCAAACUCAAUAAAUCAAAACGACGGCCCUAAAAGCGAUUAAACGACGACGAACUUAUAAACAAACACAAUUGCUUCUCAUUUUCUUUGUUUUUCAUUUAUUUUCUUUUUCUUUUUGAGUUUCUCCUGGUUCUCUUUCUGCUUCGUCUGUCUUUCUUUCAAGCUCGCGGGAUUUUAUUUAUUUUUUUAAAUUCAAAUUUUUUGUUCGUUUUAUUACUUGAUAAAAUCCAAUAUUCAAUUACUUUGGACGUAUAUAUUUUUUAAUUUCUGGGUUUUCUCCUUUGAUCCCAAAGCUUUGUUCUUUGCCCCUGAAAACCCUCAAAGUCUUUACCUUUUCAACAUCAGGGUUUUUUUGAAGGAAAUAGGGAUGAUGAUUAUGAGAUGAUGAAUCAAGCUACUAAUACUCAAACAUUAGCUUCACUUGGCCCGAACUCCGUCAAGAAUCAAUGUGUUGUUAAUAAAAGUCAGGGGCAGACAUCUUCAUAUGUUCCCUCAACAACUGGUUCUGAAGUUGUAUCAUGGAACAUGUAUAGGGUGGAUAAUCACUCUGUAGGAAAUGGAAGUUUAUCGAAUUCCAUUUACCACCAUGUGCAGCACACAGAGCCAUCGACAAGAACCAUCCAGGAUGGGUCAAAUGCAGCAUCUCUUGCUCCUUCAUCAAGCGUAGGAUUGACAAAUGCACAACCAGUCUAUAUUGGCUAUAAUUCAUACUCAAAUUCCGCUGAUCCUUAUUCAUAUGGGAGUACAGGAUACCAAGGUUACUAUAAUGGUUAUCAGCAACAACCUAACCACUCUUACUCUCAGCCAGUAGGAGUAUAUCAAAACACAGGUGCUCCUUAUCAGCCUCUUUCCUCAUUUCAGAAUGCAGGGUCUUAUGCUGGGCCUACAAGUUAUUCAAGCACUUACUACAAUCCUGGUGAUUAUCAGACAGCUGGAGGUUACCCAAGCAGCGAUUACAGUCAUCAGACUACCACAUGGAGUGAAGGCAACUAUGCAAAUUAUACUACUCACCAAUAUUCAAACUGCACUCCAGAUACAAGUGGGGCUUACACUACUGGUAAUGCAGCGACAAAUUCAUUGCAUUAUCAGCAGCAUUACAAGCAGUGGGUUGAUUAUUACAAUCAAACAGAAGUUACCUGUGCCCCAGGAACUGAAAAUUUGUCUAUUGCUAGUACAUCCACUGAGGUGUCUCAGGUUCCUAGUGUUAGUGGUGGAUAUCCUACUUCAAACAGCCCUGCUCCCCUAUCUUUUACCCCAUCUUGGAGGCCAGAGUCCAGUUCAUCUCUAAUGCCUUCAUUGCAGCCUGGUGCAACAGUCACUGGUUCUUAUGAUAGUUGCUGGAAACAUGGGGCUCCAAGUUUUCAAAAUCAGCAUCCUAGUCCUGUACAGCCACAUUUUCAGAAGCCUUCGGAUUCAAAAUCUUCAUAUGAUAACUUUCAUGAACAACAAAAAACCGCUUGCCCUCAAGGUCCCGAUUUACAGUAUCCUGUGGCUCAGCAGGCACCUCAAAAUUACCAACCGCCUUUGCAAACUGUUCAAUCAUUAGACACACGAAGGGUAAGCAAACUGCAGAUUCAAACAAACCCCAGAAUUGCUUCUAAUUUGCCAUUGGGUUUACAAAAGUUGGACAAGGAUGUCUCUAACAACAGUGCAGUAGCAAAACCUGCUUAUAUCAGUGUUUCACUGCCAAAACCCAGUGAGAAAGUGUUGCCUGAUGAUGCAGCUGAUUCUGUUCUCAAGGCUGGUGUGUUCCGAAAAUCAUUGAAGAGUUAUGUUGAAAGGGCAUUGGGUCAAUGUAAAGAUGAAAAGCAAAUGACAGCUUGCCAGGAAGUCAUGAAGGAGAUAAUUACCAAGGCAACUAAUGAUGGCACACUUCACACACGAGACUGGGAUGCUGAGCCUCUCUUUCCAAUACCAGAUGCAGAUAUGACUAAUACGAACAGCAAUUUACAAAAUACAACCCCUGUUUCUUUAUUCCCAAAGUACAAGAAGAGUCCAACUAGACGAUCCAAGAGCAGAUGGGAGCCUUUGCCAGAGGAGAAACCUGUUGAUAAAUUGGUUUCUGUCAACAAUUAUGCAGUAAAAUAUAGUAGCUGGGCUCACGUCAAUGAAAAGGACAGAAAGCCUGCAGGUGCAAAUUCUGAGGGGAAGACUGACGUUAUGAAUGACAUUAGGUUUCUGCUGAUGGAGCAGAAAUCUGCUAGUAAAACUCUACAGAGGCCAGUUAAGAGGCAGCGUCUUGGUGGUGUGAAUGCUGCUGAUAGUGAUGAUGCAUCUAGUGAUAGUGAUAAGGAAGAUAAUUUAAUAGUAUAUAAUUCUGGUGCAAUUGCACUCGCUAAAACACCGGAGGAAAGAAAGAGACGUGAAAAUCGUUCUAAGCGUUUUGAGAAAGUGCAAGGAAAUCAAGCACAAAUUAAUCACUUUAAGGCCAAAAAUGCUGGCAAUGGAAACCUAUAUGGUAGAAGGGCUAGUGCUUUGGUGCUUAGCAAAAGCUUUGAAGAUGGUGGCAGCAGGGCUGUUGAAGACAUUGACUGGGAUGCAUUAACUGUGAAAGGAACAUGUCAGGAAAUAGAGAAACGAUAUUUGCGUCUUACUUCUGCACCAGAUCCCUCCACUGUAAGACCAGGAGAAGUUCUGGAAAAAGCUCUAUCUAUGGUUCAAAAUUCUCAAAAGAACUACCUCUAUAAGUGUGAUCAGUUGAAGUCUAUUCGCCAAGACUUAACUGUCCAAAGAAUCCGUAACCAGCUAACAGUUAAGGUUUAUGAAACUCAUGCUCGAUUGGCAUUGGAAGUUGGGGACCUGCCUGAGUAUAAUCAGUGCCAAUCACAGCUGAAAAUACUUUAUGCUGAAGGAAUUGAGGGCUGUCAUAUGGAGUUUUCCGCUUACAAUUUACUUUGUGUUAUCAUGCACUCAAAUAAUAACAGAGAUCUCUUAUCAUCAAUGUCAAGAUUAUCUAAUGAAGCAAAGAAAGAUACAGCUGUUCAACAUGCACUUGCAGUUCGUGCAGCGGUGACUUCAGGAAAUUAUGUUAUGUUUUUCAGAUUGUACAAAACGGCACCUAACUUGAACACCUGCCUUAUGGAUCUUUACGUCGAGAAAAUGCGAUAUAAGGCUGUAAGCUGUAUGUCUCGGUCUUAUCGUCCUCAGGUACCUAUUUCAUACAUUGCUAGGGUGCUGGGCUUCAGCAGUGGUAUGCCUACAAAUGAAGGAAGUGAUGAGAAAGACUCAGAUGGAUUGGAGGACUGUGUUGACUGGUUGAAGGCACAUGGCGCAUGCCUUGUUGCCGAUAGUAAUGGAGAGAUGCAGCUUGAUACUAAGGCUUCAUCUUCGAGUCUCUACAUGCCAGAUCCUGAAGAUGCCGUUGCCCAUGGAGAUGCUAGUCUAGCUGUUAAUGAUUUUCUGACACGGACAUCGUCAUAGCCAAGUUAUUUGUACCCAAGUGUAGAAGAUUAACUGGAAACUUUUGCCAUCCUCACUCCAAUACACAAGAAAGAGAGUGGAAUAUUUUGAAGAAUGGCUGACAAGUCCGAUGAAAUUAAGCCGGAGGACUGAGGGUGUUGCUUGUAACCUACAAGAGAGUAGAUCACUGUAAACCCUAACUCGAAAAUAUUCAAAUUCUCUGAGAAAUGCUUGUUAGGACGGCAGAGAACGGUUGAGCUAGCAUUAUAGUUGUUCUUGUUUCUCUUUUGAAACAUCAAUCACAUCAUUCUUUCUCGGUGAAGAUAGAAAAUUAAUGUAUUUCAGGAAGAAAAUAAGGAAAAUUACUCACUAUGUUUGAUAUAUGAAUGCUUUAGAAAUUUGAGUUCCAAUGUUCAAUGUUCAAUGUUCAGUCUUAGAAAUGAAAAUAUGGCAAUUGGGUGGAUUAAUCAACUUUGUACCUUGUAUUUUUCAUGCAUUUUGCUAGGAGUGAUACACAAAUUUAAUUGAGGAUUAUCACUUUAACGAUUGGAUGGUUCUCAAUAAAAAUAUAUUUAAGUGACAAUGACAAAGAAAUAUUAUAUAUAGAAU